AAGAAAGACAUGUAGAAAGGGCAAAAGAGGGAGGGGAGAGAACGAAAGAGAGAGAGAGAGAGAGAGAGAGAGAAGGAGAGAGAAGGAGAGGCAGAGGCAAGAGGUCCUGUAAUGAGAGUGCAUACUGCAGCUCUCUCUCAGAUUCCACACGCUGUCAGCGGCACGCCUUACACACACACAUAGACGCGCGCACGCCUCACACACACACACACACACGCACUUGCUGAGCUGAGUGCAGUGCCACUGAGAUACUCCGCAGAAGAGAGAGAGAGAGAGGCACAUGCUAUCUGAGGGACCUUCAUUAAUGCGCUCUCCUUUGUUCCUCUGCGUGGCUCUGUUUUUCCAUCCCUUGUUUUUCUGCCGGUGAUAUUUGUCCUUGUUUGGGAGGAGACGGUGCCAUGCCGGGGGAAACGGCACAUAGAGACAGCCCGUCUACUGGACUUCUGCACAACACACACACGGACACACACACGGGGUUGCCUGGACCAGACAAGACCAGAAAUGCCUCCAGCUCUUCAAGCUCCACCCCUACUGACAGCAGCUCCACGCCCACUGACAGUGGCUCCACCCCUUCCCCCAGCACAUCUCCACAGCUCACGUUGCCUCAGUACAGCCCCUUUGGACCCCGGCUGGUCAUGGCAAAACCCAGCACCAGCGCCCCCCGGCCGCAGCCUGAGGGGGCUAGCUUCGACUCCGACGGCCGGCGCGGAACCGUGGGCCGCCUGACCGGCAAUUUUGGCAAAGGCCCCUGCCGGCGCGGACCGGUCAAGAUGGAGAGAAUAAAAGUGCUGAUGGGAGCGGAGAUUGAGAGCGACUACCAGGAGCCAGAGAGCAUGGACAGUCGCGUGGUCAUGGGACAGGAAACCCUGCUGAGGAACAUGGACAAGCAGGAAGCACCUCUCCCGUCACAGCUGACGGAGUCCGUGAAAGAGCUUGCGAGUAAGGAUGCCUCAUCCACCCCAGCCUCCACAGUUAUUUUUGACUGCCAGGUGAAAGAGGGCGAAGAGGCCGGUCUGGACACUGGUCAAGAGAGCGACGUCCGGGACCGCAGAGAGAGCGCAACUCCAACACCAGAGGAGGAGUGCGAGGCCACAGCACAGCUCCUGGAGUGCCCUGUCCUCGAGCCAAAGGAAUCUGAGAGUGUGGGAUGGACAGAUUGCAGUGGUGGUCCCCUGCUGGAGGAGCAGGUGGAGGCUCUGUCUCUGUCUCUGUCUCAGGGUGAAGUGCCUUCCUUAUCCUUUUCUGAACCUUCCUAUGCAGUUGACCCGCAACGAGUCGGCAUGCUCCCCGGCCUGGACCCCGACCGCUACUACACGGCUCCAUCCACGCCUAUUAAGAUGGCCUACUGCUCGCACCUGAGGAACCAGUGGCAGCCCGGGUCCCUCAGUUCAGGACCAGCAUCCCCCACAGACGAGUCCUCUGACCUGUGCUCGCCUCCCACGUCCCCCUCUGGGUCCUACAUUACAGCCGAAGGGGGCAGCUGGACAUCCUCCUACACGUCCAGCACCUCCCACUCCUGCUCGCCAAAUUUGAUCACGGAGGCCGAGCUGCAGGAGGCACCUGCCUGCUACGUGGGCUCGCUGUCAGAGAUCGGCGACGAAAUGGGAGAGGACCACACCAGCGCCAGCGUCUCAAAGGUAGACGCCAGGAGCAAGCCUCCUGGGGCCCUGUUCUUUGGGUUGGAGGAAGACGAGGAAGGAGAAUGUCAAGCUCAGUGGAUGACUGAAGAGGUCUCACCUCCACACAGAAGCUGCAAUGAAAGGAGCACAGACUCGCAAGGGGAGAAGGAACAGGAUUAUCGUGAGGUUUCUGCAGUGCCUACAGAAAGCCAAGGGGCUGCUGAGAAGCCCCAGGUGCCCAGGGAAGAUGAUCAUGAUGACCCCGACGCAGAUCUGGAGUUUGACCUGAAUGCAUGUGUCUCUGAACACUUUGCGAGACAUGACGCUCCCCUUAGCCCCGAGGAGGACUUUGGUCCGGCGAUGGUCUCCUCUCUCCCCUUUUUGCAGCAUUUGGCAAUGGGUGCCAUCCCCGUUACUGCGGACACAGGUAGCAUGACUCCUGCUACUUGCUCAUCAGAGGUGUCUGACACGGAUAACAACAGCCUGUAUGGAGAUAUGAACUCACCCUCUCUACACUACCACGGAUGCUCCAAUGACGAUGGGCCAUGCGGAGAUGGAAUGAUCCUGGCCUCCAUGCUGCCUCCACACGCCAGUUUGAUCUUCCAGGCUGACGCGAUGGAGAUCACUCUCUUCCCGACCGAGGAUGAGCCUGCGAAUGAUGUUGAUGCUUAUGCGGCCGGGGAGGAUGAGGGAGAUGUGGAUGAUGAUGAUGAGGACGACGGUGAAGAUGAAGAAGAUGCGGAAGAGGAAGGGGAAAAUGUGGUGGAGGUAGAGGAGGCCACAGGAGUGUCACCAGAGGAUGCGAAGGGGGUUGAGGAUCCUGCCGAGGAGGACACGUCUGCAUCAUUCCUGAACUCGCUCUCAGAGAAUUCCAUUAACGAGGGUGUGGAUGAGUCCUUCGCCUACCAAGAUGACACUGAGGAGUCAGUGGAUUCUGCCUCGUACAACGGAGAUGAGGACGAGAAGCUGUACAGCACAGAGAGGCAUGCUGAACUUGCCCAGAGCUUCCCUGGACCAGAUGACCCUGUGCAGGAUGUAGCUGCGGCCCAUGCACGCCCAGAAUCCUCUGGGAGUGAAAGCGAAAUGGAGAUAUCCUCUGGGUCCUCAGAUCCCCCUCCUGCUAAGGAAAGUCAAACUCCAGUAGACAACAGUGUUGAGUCUCGGUUUCUGCCCGACACCAAACAGUUGGAGAUGCACCCAGAAGAGAAUGAACACUCAACUGCCCCCCCAUUGGAGAUGCAACCACCUGUAGAAGAAACAAAACAAAAUGACUGCAAAGACAGUAGUUUGUCAGAUGAGCCCCCAACAGACAUGGGCAACAAAAUAGCUGAGGACAGUGGUUUGCAACUUUCACAGACAGAUGAGUUGCAGUCAGCAAAAUUCACUGCAAUCGAUGAAAACCUACUCCCCACAGAACCAAUCCAGGAGUCUGCUGACAGCAUCAGCAAGCUGGAUCCCUGCCUCCUCGGUGCUGCUGCAGCUGAUCUGGGAUAUGAGACUAAUUUCAAUAUGGAUCUGGAGCUUGAUAAUCAAAACGGCAACAUUGAGCCAAUUGAAAUCCCCCUGGAUGAGACUGCCACAAAUGACCUCAAUAAAGGGGUCCCGUUGCUGGCCUAUCCCAAAGAUGACUGCAGUCCCAGCAAUAUCCCAGUGUGUGCCUACCCAGAGCUUUCUGACUUCCCUGACAAUCUGACGCCUGCAGAUGUCUCACCAACCGAGCGUUUUCUUGACCAGGACAACCUCUCAGAGAAUCAGCCAGGUGCAGAUGACUUUAGUCUGGACCCACUCAACCUGUCGGGCUCACCUUACAGCAUUCUCACAAUUUCACCCAAGAAGGAGAACUCGGACAGCAACAUAUCCAAGGAGGAACACCACCCAACAACAUGGACUCCAGGGGCGGCAUUAUCACUGAAUGAGUGCUGUGAUUUCGAUGCAGAAAAUGUACUGAUGUGUGAAGUCACCAAUUCUUUGACUACCAAGACAAGUUGUGAUAGUACUGGAGAUGGAGAUGACAACAUCAGUCUGUCUGAUCUGCCUGAGAAAAUGACAGAUGUUGAUGUUGGUGUUCUGGAAUCUAAUCUGGCUAGCUGGAAGUCCAUUGAGGACCUAUCAGAGGCAGGAGGUGGGGAAGGCGGAAGCUCUCAGUUUCCAGAGGAUGACAUCAACAACCUUCAAAAUCAGGACAGAAGCUCCCUUACAACAUACCAAUCCAACAAAGACACAGAGGACGCAGCAGGCUACACAGAAAAGUCAGAUAUGCUGUUGUUAUCCAGUACAAAGCCUAAAUGUCUGGAAUUCAACAUUCUUUCAGAUGAUGUGCUGAAAGAGGAAACACACUCAGAAUUAAAUAUUGCGGGGGAGGAAUGUGUUUCAAAGUUAUCUGCAGGAGAGGCAACAACCCUAAAUAUACCUGCAGAGGAGGCACUGCCAGACAAUGAUAAAGCAUCUGAAACCUCCUCCAUUCAGACUUUAUGCAUAGAUGGUGCUGGAGUCAACAAUGAAAAAACAGAGAAUUUACCCACAACUCCUUUGUCAGCAUCCCCAGAUGUGCCUGAGGUUGAGAAGCCAAUUGACAUCUCAGACACAUUCAACAAUUUGAAUGUUUCCAUGGACCAAAACGCUGACAUGACCAGACAUGUUAUCCAGACAGAGAGUAAACCUAUUGUGCAAGAAAAGGACAUGGUCUUCUCAUUAACUGGAGGUUCGUUUGGCAACUUCAAGCCCAAAAAGAAAUCAAUCGACAGGAAGCCUGAAGCACCUUCAUCAAAUAUCAUUGAUGCAGAGAGCAAGGAUGCAUCAACCAGCACCACCCAGAAGUCCCCAGCAGAAGAACAAACACUGACUGUCAGCACAUUGGAAGAUUCUCAGACUGUCAGUGCCAGAAGCGAAGCCAAGGAACAUGGAGGAGGAGUGGAUGUUGGCAGACAAAUCGACACACCAAAGACUAUUGUGGCCUUUAGGGAACAGGAUGACAUGGGAGAUGUGCAAAUCUCAGGGAAGAGUUCUGAUGAGGAGUGCACAGGAAAAGAAUCUCCUAAACAGGAAGCUAUUACAGAAACAGUUGCACAUGAUUUGGUCAUGUCUCAGACAGAGAGAACAGAGGCCAAACAAAAUCAAUUUGGCAAACAACCUGGUUCCAAUCAUGGCAAUGAAGAAAACAUAAAAGGUGAAGGGUGCUCUGAGAGUCGAACAUGUAGUCAACUUCAUAUUGAGCAUGAGGUGACAGCUGUUCAGAAACCACAAUCAAAUAAGGAGUCUCCUCAGGAGCUAAGCAUGAUGGAAGACACAGCUACGAGAGACUCUGUCAUCCUACAGGAUGAAAAGAGUACCGAGGACAAGGAGCCAACAAACUUUGAUGAAAUGGAACAUACAGAGCAUGAUGACAAACUAGAAGUACAUGACAACUGUGUCACAAAGCAAACAGAUGCUAAUGAGGCCACCUCAGCCAAAGAGGAGGAACCUGACACUGGGAGAAGCAGACUUACAACAUUAGAAAGAAGUAGGUCAGAGCAGACCAUUUCAGCUGUAGUUGUGGAAUCUUGUCUUGAAAAUGAAAGGCAACCCUUGCUUCAAAAGCAAAGCCCCAGCCCAGAAGCCUCCUCGAUAGAAGCACAGAUGCAGUCGUCAGAAAGGGAAGUCCUUACUAGUGACACAUUAGAGGCAACCCCAGAAGUAGCAUGUCCAAUGAGAAACACAAGAGACAUUAAUGACAACCACAUUGAGAGUGUCCAAUCGUCUAGUGCGAGCCUUCUCAUUUCAACACCAUCUCUAGGUUCCCCAGCCCCUCCACAGUCCCUACCUACAGCCUCCUCGUCAUCUCCCUGCAUCUCAUUGGACGACCUAGAAGAAGAUCUGUACACUGCUAUUCAAGAGUGUCAGCCAAAGAUCCGUAGCUCAAAAGCAAAAAAACAGUCUUUGGUAUCCCGUACCCCUCCUUCAGUCUCCUCUACCAGUGAGACCAUAUCAUUUCCAGUCCAGGAAAGCCUUAAAGAGGGGCAGGGGAAAGCAGAGCUGAUUACUCUACAGUCCACAAAAAGUCACGGGAAAGAUGCAGUUAAAAACAGCAUCAUCUCCACAGAUGGCACUGAUGAUUUACCCAGUCAUACUCCAGGAAACAAGAAAAAGAGCUUCACGCCCAUACAGUCUACUUCGUCCAAUCAGAAGACUCAUCUACCAUCCAGUGCCGCCCCUCAGUCUUCAACACAUGUCACACAUCUGCCAGACAACGAGAAAUACAGACAGACUGGUUGCACGCUCAGUUACAAUGACAAGUAUUCAGACUCCAUGGAUGUGUCUUUCAGAAACAAUUUGGGUUCCUGUAAUGACUCGGACAGUGAUGCCUCGGUUCCAGGGCUGGAGGAGCCAGAUGGGGCACUACUCAGACCAUCGGAUCCACAGUGUUCCUCUGCAUCUCCUGCUGAUGAGAAUCUAAACAAGGCGAAGCAGAGUCGCAGUGAGAAGAAAGCACGCAAGGCCAUGUCUAAAUUGGGCUUGAAACAGAUCCAUGGUGUGACCCGCAUCACCAUCAGGAAGUCCAAGAACAUCUUGUUUGUCAUCAGCAGACCUGACGUCUUCAAAAGUCCUGCCUCUGACAUCUACAUUGUCUUUGGAGAAGCUAAGAUUGAGGACCUGACGCAGCAGGUCCAUAAGGCUGCUGCAGAGAAGUUUAAGGUGCCCCUGGAGCCAUCUCCUCUCAUCCCUGAUGUCCCCCCCAGCCUCACCAUCAAAGAGGAGAGUGAGGAGGAAGAGGUGGAUGAAGCAGGACUGGAGCAGAGAGAUAUUGAGCUGGUGAUGGCUCAAGCUAAUGUGUCCCGCGCUAAAGCUGUCCGUGCACUGCGCCACAACAAGAACGACAUCGUCAACGCCAUUAUGGAGCUGACCAUGUGAGAGGAGGAGACCCUGCCUGAGCCUGCUGGCUACACUUUGGCCCAUAUCGCUGCUAUGUUGCACCCCUACUGAUCCCAUUUCCUGCUAAAUAAAAUUAUAUAAACACUCAAA